AUGCCUAUUAAAUUGUCAUCCACGCCAGAAGUUGAUUGUUUUGUUGAUGAAGAUGUGCCUCCAAAGACAACCAAUCAUACACAACUAACCCUUAAGCCUACCUUUGUCACCCAACCUCCUUUCCCAAGCAGACUUAAGAAGACUAAAAAGGAAGCGGUUGACAAGGAAAUUAUUGAUACAUUCCACAAGGUAGAAGUGAAUAUUCUUCUUCUUGAUGCUAUUAAACAAGUGCUACACUAUGCCAAGCUUUUGAAAGAGUUGUUCACUAAUAAGUAUGAAUCUAUUCCAUGCUCCACUCCAAUUUUGUGUGGGAGACCAUUCAUGAAAACUGCAAGAACUAAGAUUGAUGUGCUUGACGAUACAUUGACCAUGGAAUUUGAUGGGGAGACAAUUCAAUUCAAUAUUUUUGAGGCUAUGAGGUAUCCAAGUGAUGCACAUGUUGUUUACUCUCUUCAUGUGUUAGAUAUCAUUUCUAAACGAGUCUUAGAUUUGCAUAAUGAAUAUUGUUUGGAGGUUACGUUGAAAGAGCAUCUUGUGUUGACCGAUGAGGAUUUUUCUGAUGAGAUCAUGGAUGUCAUAACCACACUAAAUAGUGGUUUUGACAAGACUUUUAAGAAGGUUGCAUUUCUGGAUUUACCGAUUUCUAAUGAGAAAUUGCAGCCAUCAAUUGUUCAAUCUCCUACACUUGAAUUGAAGCCACUUCCGGAGCAUCUUAGAUAUGUUUACCUAGGGAAGAACGAGACACAUCCAGUUAUAAUUGCAAUAAAUCUUAACCAAGUUCAAGAAGAAAAAAUAUUAAGAGUACUUCAAGAAUAUAAAACAGCAAUUGGUUGGUCUAUUGCUGAUAUUAAGGGGAUUAACCCUUCUAUGUGCAUGCACCGAAUUUUACUUGAAGAAGGGUCUAAACCAACACGUGAGGCACAACAGAGAUUAAAUCCACCUAUGAUGGAGGUUGUGAAAAAGGAGAUACUGAAGCUCCUUAGUGUGGGUAUUAUUUACCCAAUUUCAGACAGUCAAUGGGUGAUUCCAGUUCAGGUAGUGCCAAAGAAGUCGGGAAUCACAGUGGUAAAGAACGAUGAAAAUGAGCUGGUGCCAAAAAGAAUGCAAACCGGGUGGCGAGUUUGUAUAGGCUACCGAAAGUUGAAUGCGGCAACUUGUAAAGAUCACUUUCCAUUACCUUUCAUUGAUCAGAUGCUUGAGAGGUUAGCAGGUCAUCCUUAUUAUUGUUUUCUUGACGGUUAUUUGGGUUAUAAUCAGAUUUUUAUUGCUCCUGAAGAUCAAGAGAAGACAACCUUCACAUGCCUUUUUGGUACAUUCGCUUUCCGACGUAUGCCGUUUGGGUUAUGUAAUGCUCUUGCCACUUUUCAGCGAUGUAUAGUUUUGGGUCAUGUGAUUUCAGUCAAGGGAAUAGAGGUUGAUAAGGAAAAGAUUGAUAUAAUUCGUUCUCUACCAUCUCCGACUAGUGUGAAAGAAGUGAGAUCAUUCCUUGGGCAUGCCGGGUUCUGA